UUCUCAAAAUUUUGUUCGUCACGCAAAAGAGGAAAAGAGAGAGACGGCGAUAGUCUGUUUCUUUCCUUCCGGCGAUUUCGUCUUUGGGUGUUCUCGGAGCUCCUCGAAUCUUGUCCGGAUCCUUAGAUCUAUACUGUUCCGGAGAAUUUCCGCUGCCUUCCAUUCAGAUCUUUUCGUUUUCGAGCUUUUUUUUUGUGUUCAGAUCUCGGAACCUCCGGUUUUGGAAUUGGAUCAGAUGUCGAAACCUUGGGGUAAGAUCGGCGCAUGGGCCGAUGAGGCUGAGCUUGCCGAUGAGGAGAAAGCCGCAGAAGCUACGGCCACUGCGGCGGCGGAUAUGCGUAGUUUCCCGAGCCUAAAAGAAGCUGCGAUUGCCAAGUCGAAGAAGAAGAAAAAGAUCAUGACGCUGUCGGAGUUCUCCAUGGGUGAGUACGGCAGCGGAAGUGCCGCGGUGGGAUUGACCCCGGAGGAGAUGCAUCAGCUUCCGACUGGUCCCCGGCAACGCUCCCAGGAGGAGAUGCAACCGGGUCGUCUAGGCGGCGGAUUCUCCUCGUACGGUCGGUCUGGUGGUGGGCCUCCGGAACGGAUGAUGCGGGAUCGGGGAGAUUCCGAUGGGUCGUGGGGCGGUGGCAGGAGAGCCUAUGGCGGAUUUGACGAUGAACGCAGAGGACCCUCGUCUAGGGUUUCCGAUUUGUCUCAGCCGUCAAGGGCUGACGAGGUUGAUGACUGGGGAAAAUCGAAGAAAUCGCUUCCUUCUUUCGAUCAAGGACGCCAGAGUCGCUAUGGCGGUCUUGGAGCCGGCGGCAGUGGUGGUGGAUUCUCCAAGGCGGAUGAGGUCGAUAAUUGGGGGGCGGGAAAAAGGCAGCCCCCCACAUCUACAUUCGGGUCGGGUUUCCAUGAUUCGGGCCCCAAGCCUGAUCGGUGGAGCCGAGAAGUCGCCGGCGUUCAGGCGGAGCGUCGUCGUCUGGUUUUGGAACCACGAAAGGCUGAUUCAGGAGUGACCGAAACUCAGGUUGUGAAGACAAAUAAACCGAGCCCAUUUGGUGCAGCUAGACCGAGAGAGGAAGUGUUGGCGGAGAAGGGAUUGGAUUGGAAGAAACUCGACUCGGAAAUUGAGGGCAAGAAAGAAAGCUCCCAAACGAGUAGACCAACGAGUGCGCACUCAAGCAGGCCAUCAAGUGUGCAAUCUAUCAGGUCUGAGGGUUCGGCAUUGAACAGCAUAGAGAAUGCUGUGAAACCGAGACCCAAGGUGAAUCCUUUUGGCGAUGCAAAGCCUAGGGAAAUAUUGCUGGAGGAACGUGGACAGGAUUGGCGCAAGAUCGAUUUCGAACUUGAUCAUCGCAGAGUUGACAGGCCUGAGACAGAAGAAGAGAAAAUGUUGAAGGAAGAGAUCGAAGAAUUAAAGAAGCAACUCGAGAAGGACCCCGCUGCACCAGAUAGCAAGGCCUCUAAAGAAGAACCAGGUGGUAAUAACAAUAGUUUGCCGGGCAUUAUAAGUCAGAAAGAAAAAGAUCUGGAAACUCUUGCCCGUGAGUUGGACGACAAGGUAAGGUUCAGGCAGAAAGCAGUUCAGAGACCAGACUCCAGUGCAGGCAGAACAGCGACUUAUUCUGAAAGAUCACAUUCCCGAUCGGAAUCAUUCGAUGAGUCUAGGAGCGUUGAAUCUAUGGACCGACCAAGAUCACGUGGUGCAGUUGAUGCCUGGGUAAGGCCUGUCGAUAACAGAAGAAACUUCCAAGGAAACCAGGAGCAUGGCCACUUCAGCAACAGGAACUCUGACAGGCCGUCGUCGUCGUCGUCGAGGGAGAGAUGGUAAAGAAAGAGAAAGAAACAAAGAACCAAAGGGGUUUGAGGGUGAGUAGUAAAACCCCACCUAGAUUUUGAAGGAAGAGUAGAGAAAGCUUAUAUUAGAUAAUAAAAAGAAAACUCGUUUCUUUCAUAAAACUUAAAUCUGUGGUUUUGUUAUUGUCUUUGGAGCCUUCAUAUGUUGGUGACAACUGCAGCCACUAGACUUUGGUGGAGGAUGUCUUCAUAAUUAGGAGGCAUGACUCUUUUCUCUUUUGUGUUGAAAUCCAUUGGAUAUCUGUCCAUUCCCUUGUAAAUCUGAAGAUUUGGGGGUUCGGUUUUGUUUUUUUUUUUUUUUUUUUUUUUUUUUUUUUGCAUGGACUUGGGAAGGAACCCAUUAUAAAUUUAUAACUGUUUGUAUUUUGAAGUUGAAUGUCUUCUUCUGACCA